AUGGCUGAACUCACCCCCGCCCGCACUCCGAAAACACUCACUGACUUGAAUCGUGACUGGUUUGAUACUGCAGUAGCAGCUGGCGCAUUCGAAAUUCCCUGGAUCAAGGACUUGACCAAGCUCAUCUCCUCCAGCCUUCGAAAUAAUUUCGAAUGGCUCGGUGUUCCUCAGCAUGAUGGCGGAAUCAAGCUAUUAGACUAUGCUUGCGGGAACGGUGUCGUUUCAAUGGCACUCUCCCCAUCCAUCACGGAAGCAAUUGGAAUCGACCUGUCGCCGAACAUGGUAACAGCCUACAACACGCUCUCCCAAUCCCAACAACUCUCCUCAAAGCUGUCAGCCAUCCAGGGAGACCUUCUCUCCCCCUCCACCCCCCAAGACCCAAAUUUCUUCAACUUUGACAUUAUAGUAAUGUCAAUGGCACUACAUCACGUCUUCGACACGCAACUCAUGAUCAACAAGCUACACAAAAGGUUGAGGGAUGGUGGGGUAUUGGUUAUUAUUGAUUGGUUGACGAUGGAGUUGGGCGGAAGUGGGCAUGGAUACAGACAUCCGAAUGAUGAUAGUGAGGGCAGAAAUGGAGAAGGGGAAAAGGUAACACCUGCUGCUCAUACAGUUGCGCAUUGGGGAUUUAGUGAGGAGGAGAUGAAGUCGCUGUUUGAGAACGUGGGGAUGGUGGAUGUGGGUUUCAUGGAAGGAAUUGAGAAGUCGAAGGUUCCGGCUGAGAUGAAUUAUGAGCAACAGAUGUUUAUUGCUAAAGCGAGGAAGGUGACGAGCCACUAG